AUGUUGGCAAGAAAUUUCGCUGCCACUGUAGUGUCAUGCAGUCUUGUAAUUCUUCUUUUACUCUUUGAGUCUGCUGAAACUAGUGCUAUCCCUCCUCGUUCGUUAUUUCCUCGCGAUGUCCCAAAACUUAGAUCCGUUACACAAUAUUCUACAUCACAAACAAACACGAGUGUGCUUUUGAAUUCCACUGUACAGUUAAGCUUUCCUCCCUCGCCUCCUCUUCCAAGCGUUGAAAAUCAAACUUCUUCUGUGAUUGCAAUUGCCUCUGAAUAUUUUGAUUCUGAUACUUGGACUUUAUAUACCAAUGAAUUGCGCAACAACUCCUUCUCAAUUCAGCCUUAUUCUGCAAAUGGAUAUAUUGGAGCUAGAAUUCCCGUCCAGGGACACGGUCUGGCUUUCGAUGAAAAUCAUACAGAUCCGAACGGACCACCUCCAACUAAUGGCUGGCCAUUAUUUGAUCGCCGGCUAACUGGUGCCUAUGUCGCAGGUUUCUGGGAUUAUCAACGCAAUAUUACUGCUACCAAUUUCCCAGAGUUGCUAAAAAAAGGCGGGGAGUCUGUCAUUUCUACACUUCCUGUUUGGACGACCUUGGAUGUCACUGACCUCCGUACUAAUGCAACUUAUAAUACCUCCACAAACAACUCUCAGAUCAGUAAUUGGCAGCAAUCUCUUUCUCUAAAGAAUGGUAUUGUACAAACCAAUCUUACCUGGAACCCAUCGUCCAAUUCAAGCUACCGUCUCAAUUAUACGGUUCUGACCCAUAGAAAUAGACCAAGUCUCGGCGUUGUCAGACUGGAUAUUACAUCUAACACUAGAUCUCAGAUCAAUGUCACUGACAUUUUAGACGGGGCAGGAUCAUUAAGGACCCACUAUGUUGAUUCUGAUUUGGCUUUUGAACCGGCAAUCUGGACCGCUGUCAAGCCAAUUGGUAUUCGCAAUGUCACCGCCUAUGAGUACAGUACAAUCACCUUCUCAAAUAAUACUGCUUUGAACCAGACUAGCAGAACUGGUUCAUCACUUGCAUCAAAAAAUGCGUCAACUAUCUCUCAACAAUUCACCCUAUCAUUAAAACCAAACGUGACUUAUUCAAUUAUUAAAUAUGUUGGAAUUGCAUCUUCUGAUGCUUAUCCUUCUGACCCAUUUAUCGCUGCUAGAAUGGCAUCUUCACAGGCUGUGCAGGCUGGCUGGGACUCUCUUCUUGCUGAACACAAUAAAGCUUGGAAUAAAAUUUGGGAUCAAGCCGAUAUUCGGAUUCCUGGAGAUCAGGAGUUACAAAUCUCAGCCCGUGCCACUUUGUUCCAUCUGAUUGCAAACGUUCGUGAAGGUAAUGAGGGUCCUGGAUUUGGCGAUAACUCCAUCUCCGUCGGCGGCUUAAGUUCAGACUCAUAUGCUGGUUUCAUCUUCUGGGACGCCGACACUUGGAUGAGUCCAGGUUUGCAAGCUCUGUAUCCUAACUUUGCGUCGUCCAUUACUAACUACCGUGCACGAUUGGAGGGACAGGCAAUUAAAAAUGCUCAGUCCCAAAAUUACACCGGUGCGGUUUUCCCCUGGACAAGUUCUCGUUUUGGUAAUUGUACGAGUACGGGACCGUGCUUUGAUUAUGUAAGUAGCUCAAGAUGUACACAUUCAUAUGGGGUCGCUAACAAGGUUUAG